AUGUCGCCCGACCGAGACUUCUUUCUGCCUCCUUCAACCACCACCUCGUGGCCAUCAACACCCACCACCACACACGACCCCAAUUUGCCAACCAUGACGUCCUCGCCGGCGCACCUGCGCUCCCUCUACCGCGCCAUCCUGCGAGAGCUGCCCCCGCGACCGGUCCUCGCCACGCCGCGCACGCCGCUGCACGCACAUCUGCGCGCCAGCCUCGCCGCUCCCUCCGGCGCCGACGCCUCCCCCGCCGUGGCUGCCGAGCUGGUCACGUACCUGCGCGCGCAGCGCACGUACGCCACGCUCCUGGAGCGCUACAACCCGGGCAUGGGCAUGGACGAGGCGGAGCGCGUGCGUCUGUCCGCCCGCCGCGUCGGCAUGGACCUGCCCGUGCUGGUCAAGGGGCGGCUGUGA